GUUCGCCUUCCACGCAAUCACGCAAGCGGCCUGUGUUCCCCGUAACACCAGGACCUUCCUUCCCUCUCACCCAGGGAUCCCCACUCCGACUCUUACCUUUCUUUGAUUUUCUCCUUUACGUAUAAACCUCGCCUGGCCACUCCCUCCUCUUGUUCACCUCACACUCCCCUCCAAAGCGUCGUCGAUCGAGCGUAGCAACCGAGUCGACAGUUGUUCAUCGUGUCGACACCAACACAACCUCCACCUCGACCGUACGACGUCGUGUUAAACGGCUUCCCCAUAUCCCCUCGCCAUGGCGUCGUCCUCGUCUGAGGUGCCGGUGCCCCAGGCCGAGAGCUUUCCGGACGGCAGGACCGACUACAUUCCCCUGCGGAAGAAGAACUACGAUGCCCGCAAACCUCACAUCACCGAGCAGCCGAUAACGUGGUCCAACUGGUACAAACACGUCAACUGGUUGAACACUUAUUUCAUCAUCAUCGUCCCCUUGAUCGGUCUGAUUUCCGCGUACUGGAUCGAGCUGCAAUUCAAGACGGCGGUGUUCGCUGUGGCCUAUUACUUCUUCGCCGGUCUGGGAAUCACCGCCGGUUACCAUCGUCUGUGGGCUCACUCGAGCUACAAGGCGACCCUUCCUCUCAAGAUUUUCCUCGCGGCUGGUGGUGCCGCAGCGGUCGAGGGCAGCGCUCGCUGGUGGUCUAGCCUCCACCGCUCGCAUCACCGCUACACCGACACGGACAAGGAUCCCUACUCGGUCCGCAAGGGCCUGCUCUACAGCCAUAUUGGAUGGAUGGUUAUGAAGCAGAACCCUCGCCGUAUCGGCCGCACCGAUAUCACCGACCUGAACGAGGACCCGGUUGUCGUGUGGCAGCAUCGCAACUACCUCAAGUGCGUCGUGACUAUGGCCCUGAUCGUGCCUACGCUUGUCUGCGGCCUUGGCUGGGGUGAUUACUUGGGUGGCUUCGUCUAUGGCGGUAUCCUGCGAAUCUUCUUCAUUCAGCAGGCCACCUUCUGCGUCAAUAGCUUGGCCCACUGGCUCGGCGAGCAGCCUUUUGACGACCGCAACUCACCGAGAGACCAUGUGAUCACGGCUCUCGUUACCCUUGGCGAGGGCUACCACAACUUCCACCACGAGUUCCCCAGCGAUUUCCGUAACGCUAUUGAGUGGUGGCAGUACGACCCCACCAAGUGGUUUAUCUGGACCAUGAAGCUUCUCGGCCUCGCCUACAACCUCAAGACCUUCCCCCAGAACGAGAUUGAGAAGGGCCGUGUGCAGCAGCUGCAGAAGAAGCUCGAUCAGAAGCGCGCCACCCUCGACUGGGGUAAACCCCUUGAGAGUCUCCCCGUCAUCAGCUGGGACGAGUUCGUGGAGCAGUCGAAGAACGGCAAGGCGUGGAUCGCUGUCGCUGGUGUCAUUCACGACGUCGGGAAGUUCAUUGCUGAUCACCCCGGUGGCAAGGCUUUGAUCUCGUCAGCCAUCGGCAAGGAUGCCACCGCCGUCUUCAACGGCGGUGUCUACAACCACUCCAACGCCGCCCACAACUUGCUGUCCACCAUGAGAGUCGGUGUAUUGAGGGGCGGCUGCGAGGUCGAGAUUUGGAAGCGCGCUCAGUCGGAGAACAAGGAUGUGAACCCGGUUACCGAUUCCUCCGGUCAGCGCAUUGUUCGCGCCGGCGACCAGGUCACCCGCGUCAAUCGCCCUAUUCCCACGGCAGACACUGCUUAAGCGGCUCAUCUUGUGUGACUCGAGAGCAACGACGGUGUCACUUUCCUGACUUGUUAUAUCCGUCAGUUGCUGAGGUACCGGCUAGCGUUGCCUGGUCUCUCGGGUUCAUAUCGUUGUGGCAGCACAUGUUGUCAUCAGUAAUGAAGAAACAAAAGCAGAGUAUUCUUAUGCUUUGUGUCUUUUUGGGCGUUAUGUGUCAAUGGGUAAAGGUUGGGGGUUUCUCUCAUUCAUGGCGCGGUGUGGGCAUCGGACUGGCAUGGUUUCAGUAGCAUUAUUAUUACCUCAACAAGACUUAACAGAGACUCGGCUACAAAAACAAACAAAAAAUACGCUUGUCACUCCCUC